AUGUCAGCAUCUGCGCUGAGUCAGCAGCCGCUUUCUGCAGGAACCGACUUCUUCGAUUCUGAGCAAGCCCAGAACAAAAGGCUGGGUCCCUGUGGUCUGGCACUACAUUAUGCUAACAUUAUCAAUCAGAUUGAAAAUAUAGUUUCUCGGCCACUCUCUCUUCCUCCUAGUGCUAGGGACAAUUUAUACCAUGGUCUGCCAAUAACAGUGAAGUCAGCUCUGCGAUCACGAUUGCAAUCAUUUAAUACCGAUGAAGAGCGAACUGUAGCUCAAAUUAAAGCUGAAAUGCAGAAAACUCUUCGCUGGACUCUGCCAAUAGCAGAAAAUACAAUAAGAGCACACCAAGGUUUUGGAUGGGUCGGUGAAUGGGCAAACCUUGGGAGCGACAUGAGCAAGAAAUCAGGCUCCCAACACAGCGUCACCCGAAUCCAGACACUUCAUCACGCAGACAAGGCAAAGACAGAGCACUACAUUCUCGAACUGGUGGUGCAGCUCCACCAUCUGGUGGUCCAGGUGAAGAACAGAGGCUACAGAAACAAAUCCACAAAGCACGACCUGUCUCGAUCGCGCAAGGGGUUGGAUCUACAGGCAGAGACCAAGCACAACGCAUCUCCAGUGAACAACGGCACAGUUUCAAGCCCGUUGUCGGACUGCGAACGCGAAACGCUGGACCAACUGAGCUUCAAGAGGACGAGCUACGGGAGAAGCAAGAGCUGCGAGCCUCCACCUGAUAGAGGGAACAAGGCGCACCGGAGCUGGGACGCUUGCCGGAGCCAAGGCAACUCGCCGGCGAGGGAGUUGGGGAGGAACUCGGCUCCGGACCGUGACAAGACGAGGGAUCUUGAUGUAAUAGAUGGCUUGGAUAGACUCAUUUCGUACUCGCACCCCUCAUCCCCAACGUUUUGUUAGAUAUGCUGCACAGAUAGGAAUUCUUUUGCUGCUUCUCCCCGUUCAACGAUCGGCCGUGCAUCUUGUAUAUGUGUGAUC